AGCGAUCGUCAUUUGACGCGCAGCCGUCUGCGCAUGCGCCUGCGACCGCUGCGGGUUUUGCGCACGGGGACGCACGCGACGCGGCAGCAGCGGAGGAAUCCAUAGCAACGGCGGAUAAACAUGAGUUACUACAGCAGAGCCUCCAGUUCUUCCAGCUUCGCGUCCGCCGCCAUGACAAGUACGCUGGAGGACGACAGUCUGAACCUCAGACAGCAGAAACUGGAGAAACAGAGGGCGCUGCUGGAGCAGAAGCAGCGGCGGAAGCGUCAGGAGCCUCUGAUGGUUCAGCCCAACCCCGAGGGCCGUCCCCGGCGCUCCCGGCCCCGCCGCAGCGAGGAACACGCUCUCCUCGUGGAGCCGCACCUCAGCACCGCCAGCGACGUCAUCCUCGACGGCAUCGACGGCCCCGCGGCUCUGCUGGGUUCAGAGGCUCCGGAUCUGGGCAGUAAGAUCCAGGUUCUGUCGGUGUGUCCUCCUCCGCAGCCCUCGCCGCCGGCCGCAGAAGAGCCUGAGACUGACGCCGACACAGACACGCUGCUGGAGCCCAAAACUGACAUACACACACUGCUGCAGAGACGCGGACUGUCUGGCAGCAUGAACUACGACGAGGCCAGCGAGGAAGACGACGAUGAGUCUGAAGAGCGAAGCCGGUCGCUGUCACCGAACACCGAGAGCACGCGUCCUGCAUCGGCCUCCAGCACCAAAUCCACCACGGAGUGUCUCCCGGUGGGUUCUCCGUCGGCUGAGGGCUCCUGCAUCGAGGUGGAUAACCUGGAGGAGUUUGUUCUCCGUCCGGCUCCGAGGGGAGUCACCGUCAAGUGCCGCAUCUCACGGGAUAAGAAGGGCAUGGACCGAGGCCUCUAUCCCACCUACUUCAUGCACCUGGAGAGAGAAGACGGCAAGAAGGUCCGAUCUGAUCCUUCACAAUCACUUCUGACCGCUUUACCGCUCUCUCGCUCAUCUGUCUCUCUCCCUCAGGUGUUCCUGUUGGCCGGACGCAAGAGGAAAAAGAGCAAAACAUCCAACUAUCUGAUAUCUGUAGACGCCACUGACCUGUCCCGUGAGGGCGAGAGCUUCAUAGGGAAGCUGAGGUCCAAUCUGAUGGGAACCAAGUUUACUGUGUAUGAUAACGGCACGAACCCCUCGAAAACCCCCGGAGCGCUGCUGGAGGAGACCAACACUCGGCAGGAGCUCGCCGCUAUCUGCUACGAGACCAACGUUCUGGGCUUCAAAGGGCCCCGGAAGAUGACGGUGAUCAUUCCCGGCAUGAACAUGAACUUCGAGCGUGUUCCGGUCCGGCCCGUGUGUGAGCAGGAGUCUCUGCUGAGUAAAUGGCAGAAUCACUCUCUGGAGAAUCUGAUCGAGCUGCACAAUAAAGCGCCGGUGUGGAACGACGACACGCAGUCCUACGUGCUCAACUUCCACGGCAGAGUCACGCAGGCCUCGGUCAAGAACUUCCAGAUCGUCCACGACAACGACCCGGACUACAUCGUGAUGCAGUUCGGUCGGGUGGCAGAGGACAUCUUCACUCUGGACUUUAACUACCCCAUGUGUGCCCUGCAGGCCUUUGCUAUCGGCCUGUCCAGCUUCGACAGCAAACUGGCCUGCGAGUGACCACGUGACACACACACACACACACACACACACACACUCUUCACUCAGGACACUAAAGCACAGUCGUCCUCAGGAAGAGGAUUUGUGCUGUAUCACAAUAAUUAGAAACAAAAGGACCAAAUUAAUAGUUUUUUUAAAGGAAGCACGUUGAAUCGUUUAACCUUUGACUCCCUGGAAUAACUGACACGACCGCCCUGCAGCUUCAAAAAGGGAGUUUAUGCUUUAAUGGAGCGAUGGAAAAGAGACCGAGUAGUCUUCUGAAAUGAGAGAGAUUUUAUUUAGUUUUUUAAUGCUGUUUUCUGUGAUGUUCUGUAAGUGUCUGAUGGCUUUGAAGAGUAUGUUGUCAUUAGGGUCAAUCUCACACAAACUGGUAAACGCUUCCUGCUCAGAAUUUUAUUGAAGCCUGUUUCAGCCAUGGGAUAUAAAAAAACUCGAAAGGUAAUUGUGGCUCGGUUCUUGCACUCUUAAGAUUAUAUUUCACAAUUCUGGCUUUUGUUUAGACUGUAUAACUCACAGUUCAGUGUUAUUGUCUCACAAUUCUGAGUUUAUAUCAUGCAGGUUUGCAUUUAUCUCACUUGCUUAUGUCUCACAUUCAGUGUUUAUUUCGCAAUACUAAGUUCAUAUCGCACAAUUCUUAUUAUUUUGCACAGUUUAGAGUUUAUAUCUUGCGAUUCUGAUUCGAUGUCUUACGAGUUGAUCUCUCAGUGCUGCUUAUAAUUCGGUUUGUAUCACAAUUCUGUCUAAAUUAUGGGAAAUCGUCACAAUUACUUUUUUUUUUAAAUCCAGAGGAAACGAGCUUCCAUAGACUUCUCCGCUGAAAGUAAAAGCAUUAAGAAAAUGAAACAAAAAAAUCAUGUAAUAGAGCAAUUGAGAAUUACAGUCAAUGAUCCAGAUGCAUUAUGGUAGUGAAAGUUUUCAUAUCUAAAAACGUGCUUCAUUUUCUUCAGGUACGGUGUAGUUUAUUUGAUCUUUUUUCUUCCUUUUUAUUUGGAUGAUGUUGAUGUGUUUUUUGCAUUCUGCAUGUUCAGAUAUGACCUUUUUAACACCACCUCCGGACGCAUUGCAUGUUGAUUAGCGAGGCGAACCGCCGGGCUCUUUGUUAAGUGACGCACACUUCCCGCUGCAUGGAUGCUGAACGCGGCCUUAAAACAUCACUGUAGUGUAAAUGGUGCCUGACUGCUGGCUCGUAGAAGAGCGUCUGCAUCCUGACAACCCGCAGGAAAAAAGGGAAGCUCAAGCACAUCCGUUCCUGUUUAGUGUGUUUCCUAUCGAUAUGAUUGACGUGUGUGUUGAUAUUCAUCAUAUGUUGUGUGUCUGUCAGCCAAGACUAUAUUGAUAUAUAUGUAUACAUAUUAAAAAAAAAAAAUUUUAAACUAAUAACCUAUUUGCACAAACUGUAUUUCAUGAUGACACUGCUGGUAGAAAUACAGUAAUUAAAAUCCAUAAAUAUGAAAAACA